ACUAAAAACUUCCUGCAAUGGUUGAGAAAAUCAGUGUUUUAGAUAAGUGGUGCUGCAGCACAUGGUUCACCUUGUGUCCUCGUUUUCCAAGAAGUAUGCUUGAUCUUCGGGUUGCUUUGGUGCCUAAGAGCAGAAAGCAAAGUGCAGUUUGGGGUGCGAGUGUCCUCAUAUAGAAAAAGGUUGUCUUAAGCUGUGGAGAGCCAGAUUUUUUUGUUUGUUCCCACAGUAUUGUUGUGACAUGGUAGGAAAUUUUUCUGUGUUUCUUACUGGGCUGAAAGAGGAAAUGCGCUGCAGGUAUCAAACUGGGGCAAUAGAAACAACAGUUAGAACCAACAGCAGAGCAGAACGCACAUAUUGCGGAUGUUUUAUUGCUAAGCUUAUUACGGAAUGUGCAAGCAGUCAGUAGUCCCAGGCUGUUCUUUACAAAUUAGUUUGGUAAGUCUUAUAAAGAUUGGAUUUGGCUUUCAGUUUUAAAGAGAUCAAGAGAACAUGCAUCUGAAUGGGAUGUCCUGGUAUCGCAAGCAGCUUUAAGGGGUAAUCUUAUUUGGUAAUCCAUCAAACUUGUCUUGAAAUCCAGCCUUAAGAAAAGAAAAGGCUGUGGGCCUUAUCCCUUAAUCUGUACCCCCCCUUGCUAUGCCUUGUGGUUAUAUGGGAGUAUUUCUUAUUUUUACAGUGUGAAAGAUUGAUGUAACUAAGGAAAACGGUGAAAUGAGUAAAGGUUAAAUUCUGUUGAUGGCACAAUGCUUGGUAACUCUUUUUCUCCUUUAUACGCUUUCAGUAAGUGCUGACUUGUUUCUGUCAGAAGUAUACAAUGGUUUCCUGUUGGGGAUGAAUGAAUAUGGAUUCUUAAUAUUGUUUGAUUUUUAUUUUCAAGUAAAAACAGAGUUGAAGGGAAAUUGUAGAAUUUUAAGACUAAAUGAAGGGAAAAGAUCGUAUUGGACAUACUCUUGGUUGAAAAGCUGUAUUAUUAUCUUUCCCAAAAUUAGUGGGAUCAAGAGAGCAAUUUGACACUUUGGUAGACAUGUGUAAUGAAUAACUUGCUGAAAAAAUCAUUAAUUCUAGGUAUUUGCUGGUAUUUAUUUACAUAAAUACUGCACUGACAAGCUGUGAGAGAGAAGUUUUGAUCAUUUGCAAGUAAUAGCUAACUGAAUGAUUAAUGUAGUAAUUAUAGGAAAUUACUGUUAGGAAAAGAUCACUAUUAAAUAACUAAUGAUGAGGAAGCAACCGUGUUUUCCUGAAGUACAAAGUAAUUACACGUCACCCUCCUGCCUUUCUCCCCUCCCCUGGCUCAAAAACUGUAUCAGCUGACUGAAUGGUAAUCAAUGACUGUGCAGUUUGGGGGAUAAAGUGUCUACUCAUAUAUAAUCCAUGAAGUUCUGUGUCUUGAUCAGACUUUGCUGGACAGCCAUAAGAACCUACUGGGGCAGAAAAAAAGGCUGAAGAGCUAUGGCUUCCUUCAGCAACCUGACUAUUGGUAUUACUGUUGCCAGCUUUGCCGUAUUUCAGGUUCUGUUCCAUGUUUUAAGUUCUUGGGUAUCAACACGAAUAACUCCUGGUUUUAACAAUCUCAGCCAAAAAAGGAAGAUCGAAUGGAAUUCAAGGACAGUGUCCACAUUCCAUGCCUUGGUGGUUGGUGUUUUUUGUUUAUAUAUAUUGUUGUACGAUGAAGCUGUUAAUGCUGACCAUAUCUGGGGUGACCCUUCAAUUGUGAAACUGAAUAUUGCUAUUACCACAGGCUACCUCAUUUCUGAUUUGUUGCUUAUUAUUUACUACUGGAAGGCAAUUGGUGACAAAUUUUUUGUAAUACAUCACUUGGCAGCUCUGUAUGCUUACUACUUUGUACUGAGCAAAGGUCUGUUGGCUUAUUUUGGAAACUUCCGUCUGCUUGCAGAGUUCUCCACUCCUUUUGUGAAUCAGCGGUGGUUUUUUGAAGUAUUGGGAUAUCCCAAAUCUUCAAAGGCCAACAUCAUCAAUGGUGUGCUGAUGACAGUUGUGUUCUUCGUGGUGAGGAUUGCAGUCAUUCCUAUGUAUUACAGCCAUGUAAUUUCUGCAUUUGGAACAGAGGCUUUUGAGAGGUUAGGAUUUGCAGCCCAGAGCGCCUGGAUUAUCUCAAGCAUUGUUUUGGAUGUUAUGAACAUGAUGUGGAUGGUCAAAAUUACAAAAGGAUGCUACAAAGUUAUUUGUCUUAUUGGACAGGAGGAAGCCAAAACCUAUAAAAAUGGGAAAUCUGACUAGAAAUCACAUGCAUAAAAUGAAACUUUUACUAAGAAAAUAAUUUGGGUUCACGGAAACACUGCACAUUUUUGCUAUGGAAUGCUCCUCUUAAGGAAACAAGGUGUUACCUCUGUACUGAUCUUAUUCCUUCCCUAGCCACACUGCCUGCACACCCAGGGUCACGCUUUAAGGAUCCUACUGAAUGAGGAACAACAGCAUAAGUUCACACAACUGAAUUCUAGGUGUGUGUUCUAAGCACUUAACAAACUACUGAAAUUAGAACGGAGCUGACUGGUUCCUUGGUUGUUGUCUACCAGUGUGUUCUUAAGUGUUUCACUCAGGUUUCUCAGAUUAAUGUGUUUUAUAAAUCCAGUGAAUAUUGACUUCUGUCUCUUUUAGAAAAAGAAAAACAAAAAACCCCAAAACUCCUGUUAUGGUGCAGUUUUCCUGGCAUCUUCCUAUGUUUUCUUGUAGGAAUAUUUAGCGUUAAGAGUCGAGAUUUCUUUCUUGACAACUUUUUAAUUUUUGCAAGACAAACAAAAAAUUUAGCUUGGAUUCUAUGAAGUCUUUUACUGCUCUUUGUUCUGUUUAUAUGCAUGCACACCAUUUGGGGGGGAUUUAUGAAAUAAUUUCAUUGAAAAUGCUGUAUUAUAAGACCACAAAAUGUGUUUAAAAAGCCAUUAAAAUUCUCCGAUUUUGAUGAGAAGUAUUAACUUUUGCUAUGUUAGCUGACAUACAAUAGUACAUCUACUAAAUCUCCCAUGGAAAUUUUUUCAUAGGUUAGCAUGGUAAACGUUAUGUGGAAACAGCGUAAUUCUGACGAGAGAGAUUUUUCCUUUGCUGCUACUACCUUUGAGAAGUAUUGCAACUCCCCUCUUGUUUUUUACCAUGGGACGUUUGGGAUGUUAAGUUUAAUUGUAAAGAGAGAAAAUUCUUCUGUAUAUGUGCUGUGUAACUUAAUACUUUUUUCUUUUGUCACAGAAAUGACCCAUUUGCUAUGAAAUACAGAUGUUUGUUUGCCCCAUUUUCCUUGUUAAUGAGACUGGAAAUCUGAGGUGUUGACUAAAAACAUUCUUGAAUUCAGGAAGGAGGUGAACUUUGUACCUGUUGAAAAAACUGUGUUGACAUUCUUCAAAGCUGUCAAGUAAUUCUGUAGAAGGUAGUUCACAUCUGUAGAGAACAUUUUCUUUUUCAGAACCACAUUUUUGUCAAUAGGUACUGCAGACUUAGAGAUUGGAGGACAUCAGAGAGUAAUCUUAACAUCAAGGAAUGGUCUAGAAUCUAAAUUGUAAUACAAUUUGAGGAAAUUCUGUGGGUUUUAUAUGAUUUUUGAGAGCUGUAUUUGUAUGCAUAGUUUGUUUUUUUGUUUUGCUUGUUUUAAACCAUAUCUGAUUUGGGACUGACCAGCUUCCGUUUCUUCUUUCUUCUUUUUUUUUUUUUUCUUUGACAUUACUAGUUAUAUUAUACCUUCUGAUAACGUGUGCUAAAUUAUGCUUUUUCACUUACUAUUUAAGUGUUUGUACUAAUUUUUGUAGACAAUUUAUUUUCAAACAAAGGGAGAAAAUAUUUGCCCUGUGUGCAGGCUAUUUUGUUUUUCUUUUGUCCUGUUCCCUUUAACAAAGCUGAGCAAAACCAGCUCUUAUCCCUACAGACCAGGGGGUCAGUAGGCAGGUUCUGUGCUUUUGGGCAGGGCAGCAGAGCUCCCCUGCUAGGAGUCCGGGGUCCGUAAGAGGGCUCAGUAGGCUGCAACGCCCCGUAACCAGGGUAACUAUGACCGGUUUAGUUCCCCUGCUCAAAAUAAUUUCAUAGAGUAUUUUUAGGGUUAGCAUAAUACCCAUUUUUACUUUCACUGUUUAACUGGCAGGCAUUUUUUUCCGAUGCUGUUUCCCAAUCUUGCCUUCUUAGAGGAGAUGUCAAGGGUUGUUAAUACUUCAAUUCUUCUGAUUCUGUGCUUAGUAAUAUUUCACAAGUGCACGGACAAAAGAUCUGUUUGUGCCUUGGGAAACUUAGCAAUUAUUUUAUUUAGCUGUGGUUUUUUGGAAUGACUGCAGUACCUUAUCUGGAUACCAGUAGGUAAGUUCAUACGCUUGGCGAAUUGAUUCGACGGCCUGCUUUGCUGAAAGAAGGGGGCUCCCUUUUCUGUUCGCUUGAACCUCGUGUUUUUUAAGGCAGUGCUUUCAAUGUACCUAAUGCGAAAUCUAGUCUACACACAAAGGCACUAUGUUUGUGUUACUUUAUGAUUUAAAGGUGUAAAUGAAAUACAUCUUGUGGUGUUUUAGUCACUAGAUCAGGGCAUUAUUUUCUAGUAGCGUGUUGCUGUCUCAAAUCCAUUUCAAAGUUAGUAAAUUCAGACAUUUUGGAGAAUACACUUGAAAGUAGAAGUCUACCUUUUUAUUCAGGCAGUAGGAUGAAAAAUAUCAAUAAGAUAAUUUGAAGCAAAUCUUAAGAUGACAACUUAUGAAGACUCUUGUAAAUUCCUCCCUUCUUUGCAUUAAUCGUUAAUACCAUUCAAAUCUAAAUUUCAGUGCUUAAGUUUUUUUUGUUAUUUCAGUGUAAAACAUUCAUUAAAAUGGUCUGUUUCCUUCAGUUCUAGAUAGAUUUGUGUAUGAGAGGAAACGAAGUCAAUUUAUUAUGUUAAAACUAGGUUGGAAAAAGAACUACAUAGUACAAAUUGGGAAACAAUCCAGAAUGGAAAGGGCAGUCGAAUAAUUAUUUUAGAACUUGCAAUAUUUUUGAUUGCUGUACAAAAUUAAUGUAAUUAUCACAAUACUUUGCAAUGCAUUACUUUUUCAUUUUCUAAUUUGAUAUUUUAAUUAUUUCAGUUGUAUUCUGGUGUAUCUACUAUAUGUCAGAAGACAACUUGUUGAUGAAAAAAAUUAUUAAUACUGCUGUAUUGGGCAAGGACUGUAAAACAGAGUCGGCAAAGUUGUGAGGUAAUGAGUGCAUUAGUAUGGGGCACUUUCUGCCUGCCAUUAAAAGCUUAUAAUACAGCAAAUUAGAGAGCACUGGCAUCCAUUUUUCGGUUGCACUUUAUUCAUUUAAAAACUGUGUUGAAAUAUUUAUAAAUUUCAUCUUGCAAGCCUGUCUCUGUGGUUUUUUUAAUGCAAAAGAGUAAGAGCAUGAUAAGUGGUCAUCGUAAUGCUAUCUUUAGAAUCUAUUUUUUUUUUUAAGUGGCUUAAAACCUCCAUUUUUACCAGUUGCAUUGUCAAACAUGAAGCAGAAUCUUGGUGUGUCACCAGGUGUCUUUGCCAUGGGCAUAUCAAAUGGUAGGAGUUGACCUCGUAAAAAUGCUUAAAUAUCUUAUUUUUCUCUUCUUUUAUAUUCUUCAAUACCAGGUGGCAUAAAAUUAGCACGAUGAUCAUGGCAGAGUGUAUUUGUACCAGUUAGGCUAUAUGUAGGAACGUAAGUUUUCUUUUUGUGUGGCUUUACCUUUUAAUGAAAAAAUGAAUCAAUAUCAGUUUCAGAACUACUGUGGGGAAUGGUAGGUCGGUCGUGUUUUGCUUUUAUAAUUCAUUUGUGGAUAGAGGAUUUUGAGAGAGGCAAUAUACUUCAAAAUACUUAUUUGCUAGAUGAGUGUUACAAUGGAUUUCAAGGAAGCUGAGAACCUUAUGCUAUAGAGAUGCUUAAUGGGUAUCUGUAUACAUACUUAAGUGGUAAGAAUUCCAUAUCUGAAACCUACUCUACCUCUAUAAAUGCAUUUUAAUUUGAAUGAGCUUAUUAUAAGCUAAUUUCUUAGCUUAAUUACUUUAAAAAAACUACUGAUUUUUGAAAAAUAUCCCAUGAGCAGGAAAAUGAAACAGGCUGACUUUAGAUAUUCUUAACAAUUCCAAAUUUUGUAUUAAAGUUUAUUAAAAAUUAAAGCGAUUACAGUGUCUUAAAGAUAAUUACCUCUUUCUUUAUAUUAAAAAUGAGGGGAGAGGAUUACUCAUACUGCAGAAUUCAUGUUAACCUAAGAGAAAAAACAAAUGAGCAAAUGCGUACAAGCAGGUUUUAAAAGGAGAGGCGGAGGAGACUUGAGAACAUACAGUAUAGGAAUCCAGAUUUCUUCCUGCUAUUGUAGUUGGGACAACAGUCGAAUAGUAAGUAGUGGAAAGUAUUAGGUAUUUCUAUAUCUCUGUACCCACUGGCAAAUGAAACUUUAUUCUUUAAAAUUUCCGAGCUGCACAAAUUGAGUUAUUAGUUGUUAAUUGCUGUAUGAAGAGGAUGUUUUGUCAUGGACUUGUGUGUGUAUCAGUACAUGUAAAUACAAGCUUUCCAUGAAAGAUCGUUAUUAACAGAGAAGUUUGUAAAGUUGUUUUGUGAUGCUUCUGCUGAGCCAGUCAGAGGAGAAUAAAG